GCUCCGCUCGGCGCGCGGGCGGGCCAGAGGAUGCUGGCGGGCUUCCCCGGCUUCGGCCCUCGCUCCCGCCGCGGAGGGCCCCGGGUGCGCCCCUUGCCGCGCCGUCGCGACCACUGAGGGGCCAGAGGGAGGGGGCCGGCCGCGCAUGCCGGCCCCGCGAGCCGCAGCCCUAGGGGCGGGCGCCCCCGAAUUUUCCAGCCUCCGUCGCCGCCGCCUCCUCCUCCUUCCUCCUGCGGCCGGGCGCCUGUGGAUGCUGAGGGGCAGUCCUGCGCCUCUCCCGGCCGGGUUCCCGGCCUGACGGCGGGAGAGUCGCGACCCGGCCGGGGACCGUGGCUCUGGCGGGGCAGCGCGGCUCCGUGGGAAGCAGCCCCCGGGCGCGCUGAGCCCUCCUGUCCCCUCCCGCUGCACGCGUGACUCGGCCUCGCAGCCCGCGAGGGGACCAGCCCGGACCACGCGGCUCCCGAGUUUCUGCACAGUUCCAGAUGGUCAGUGCUGCCUGUGCCGGGGAAGCCAGCUCUGUGUUCCUGCCCGAGGGGGCCGGCCGUCAGCCUGCCCCAGGUCCCCAAGAGCCCUGGUAGGUGGCCCAUUCCAGAGUCCCUCCUCUGUUCACCGUCCGCUUCUCCAGAGCCAGUAGAAGCAGACACCAGCCAGGAUGCCGAGGACCCAGGGCUUCUCUGAUCCUGAGUACUCGGCCGAGUACUCAGCCGAGUACUCCGUCAGCCUGCCCUCUGACCCUGACCGCAGGGUGGGCCGGACCCAUGAGAUCUCUGUCCGGAACUCGGGAUCCUGCCUGUGCCUGCCUCGCUUCAUGCGGCUGACCUUCGUGCCGGAGUCCUUGGAGAACCUGUACCAGACCUACUUCAAAAGGCAGCGCCACGAGACGCUGCUGGUGCUGGUGGUGUUCGCGGCCCUCUUCGACUGCUACGUGGUGGUCAUGUGCGCGGUGGUCUUCUCCAGUGACAAGCUGGCUCCCCUGGCUGUGGCCGGGGUGGGGCUGGUGUUGGACAUCAUCCUGUUUGUGCUCUGCAAAAAGGGGCUGCUGCCCAACCGGGUCACCCGGAAAGUGGUGCCCUACCUGCUGUGGCUGCUGAUAACAGCCCAGGUCUUCUCCUACCUGGGCCUGAACUUCUCCCGCGCCCACGCAGCCAGCGACACGGUGGGCUGGCAGGCCUUCUUCGUCUUCUCCUUCUUUAUCACGUUGCCCCUCAGCCUCAGCCCCAUCGUCAUCAUCUCUGUGGUCUCCUGCGUCGUGCACACGCUCGUCUUGGGGGUCACCGUGGCCCAGCAGCAGCGGGACGGGCUGAAGGGGAUGCAGUUGCUGAGGGAGAUUCUGGCCAAUGUCUUCCUCUACCUGUGCGCCAUCGUUGUGGGCAUCAUGUCCUACUACAUGGCGGACCGCAAGCACCGCAAGGCCUUCCUGGAGGCCCGCCAGUCGCUGGAGGUGAAGAUGAACCUGGAGGAGCAGAGCCAGCAGCAGGAGAACCUUAUGCUUUCCAUCCUGCCCAAGCACGUGGCAGACGAGAUGCUGAAGGACAUGAAGAAGGACGAGAGCCAGAAGGACCAGCAGCAGUUCAACACCAUGUACAUGUACCGCCACGAGAAUGUCAGCAUCCUCUUUGCCGACAUCGUGGGCUUCACCCAGCUGUCUUCAGCCUGCAGCGCCCAAGAGCUCGUGAAGCUCCUCAACGAGCUCUUCGCCCGCUUCGACAAGCUGGCGGCCAAAUACCACCAGCUGCGGAUUAAGAUUCUGGGCGACUGUUACUACUGCAUCUGUGGGCUGCCUGACUACCGGGAGGACCACGCCGUCUGCUCCAUCCUCAUGGGGCUCGCCAUGGUGGAGGCCAUCUCGUAUGUACGGGAGAAGACGAAGACUGGGGUGGACAUGCGAGUCGGGGUGCACACAGGCACCGUGCUGGGGGGUGUCCUGGGCCAGAAGCGCUGGCAGUACGACGUGUGGUCCACCGACGUCACCGUGGCCAACAAGAUGGAGGCCGGCGGCAUCCCCGGGCGUGUGCACAUCUCCCAGAGCACCAUGGACUGCCUGAAAGGCGAGUUCGACGUGGAGCCAGGCGAUGGGGGCAGCCGCUGUGAUUACCUGGAUGAGAAGGGCAUCGAAACCUACCUCAUCAUUGCGUCCAAGCCAGAGGUGAAGAGGACAGCUGCCCAAAAUGGCCUCAGCGGCUCGACUCUGCUGAACGGAGCGCCACCUUCCUCAAAGCCCGGCUCCCCUGCCCUCAUUGAGACCAAGGAGCCCAACGGGAGCAUCCACACCAGCGGCUCCACCUCCGAGGAGCCAGAAGCCCAGGCUGACAACCCCUCGUUCCCUAACCCUCGCCGGAGGCUGCGGCUUCAGGACCUGGCCGAUCGCGUGGUGGACGCCUCCGAGGACGAGCACGAGCUCAACCAGCUGCUCAACGAGGCCCUGCUGGAGCGGGAGUCCGCCCAGGUGGCUUGUUUGCACUGCAGAGUGAAGAAGAGAAACACCUUCUUCCUGUCCAUGCGGUUCAUGGACCGCGAGAUGGAAACCCGCUACUCGGUGGAGAAGGAGAAGCAGAGUGGGGCCGCCUUCAGCUGUUCCUGUGUCGUCCUGCUCUGCACCGCCCUGGUUGAGAUUCUCAUCGACCCCUGGCUGAUGACAAACUAUGUGACCUUUGUGGUUGGCGAGGUCCUGCUCCUGACCCUGACCGUCUGCUCGCUGGCUGCCAUCUUUCCUCGGGCCUUUCCUAAGAAGAUCGUGGCCUUCUCGACUUGGAUCGACCGGACGCGCUGGGCCAGGAACACCUGGGCCAUGCUGGCCAUCUUCAUUCUGGUCAUGGCAAACGUUGUGGACAUGCUUAGCUGUCUCCAGUACUACAUGGGACCCACCAACGGCACCUCAAGGGUGCAGAUAGAGGACGGCUGCGUGGAGAACCCCAAGUAUUACAACUACGUCGCUGUGCUGUCCCUGAUCGCCACCAUCAUGCUGGUGCAGGUCAGCCACAUGGUCAAGCUGACGCUCAUGCUGCUCAUCGCAGGGGCUGUGGCCGUCAUCAACAUCUACGCCUGGCGCCCCAUCUUUGAUGAAUACGACCGCAGACGCUUCCAGGAACACGACUUUCCGAUGGUGGCCUUAGAGAAGAUGCAGGUACUUUCCAGCCCUGGGCUCAAUGGCACUGACAGGCUGCCCCUGGUGCCAUCCAAGUGCUCGAUGACGGUGAUGAUCUUCGUCAUGAUGCUCAGCUUCUACUACUUCUCCCGCCACGUGGAGAAGCUGGCACGGACACUGUUCUUAUGGAAGAUUGAGGUCCACGACCAGAAGGAACGUGUCUAUGAAAUGAGACGCUGGAACGAGGCCUUGGUCACUAACAUGUUGCCUGAGCACGUGGCACGCCAUUUCCUGGGGUCCAAGAAGAGAGACGAGGAGCUGUACAGUCAGUCUUAUGAUGAGAUUGGAGUCAUGUUUGCCUCCCUGCCCAACUUUGCUGACUUCUACACAGAGGAGAGCAUCAAUAACGGUGGCAUUGAGUGUCUGCGCUUCCUCAAUGAGAUCAUCUCAGAUUUUGACUCUCUCCUGGACAAUCCCAAGUUUCGGGUCAUCACCAAGAUCAAAACCAUUGGCAGCACCUACAUGGCAGCUUCAGGAGUCACCCCAGAUGUCAACACCAAUGGCUUUACCAGCUCCAACAAGGAGAGGUCAGACAAGGAGCGCUGGCAGCACCUGGCGGAUCUGGCCGACUUCGCGCUCGCCAUGAAAGACACGCUCACCAACAUCAACAACCAGUCCUUCAAUAACUUCAUGUUGCGCAUCGGCAUGAACAAAGGAGGGGUACUGGCUGGCGUCAUCGGAGCCCGGAAACCACACUAUGACAUCUGGGGCAAUACAGUCAACGUAGCCAGCAGGAUGGAGUCCACAGGGGUCAUGGGCAACAUUCAGGUGGUGGAAGAAACUCAAGUCAUCCUUCGAGAGUACGGCUUCCGCUUUGUGAGGAGAGGGCCCAUCUUUGUGAAAGGGAAGGGGGAGCUGCUAACCUUCUUCUUGAAGGGGCGAGAGAAGCCAGCCACGUUCCCUAAUGGCUCCUCGGUUACACUGCCCCACCAGGAAAGCCUGCCAACGUCGAUCACCCUUCUACUCACACUAGCUUGAUGUUGUUUCACUUCAGCCCUCAGCUUAUCUCGCAGACGUCUCAGUUCAUGAAUCCUGGUUCCAAGAGCACUUUCCUCUGCCUGUGCGCUCUGUGGCUCUUCCAUUUUUUUACGGGAUCUGCUCACUUGAGUCUCUAGUCUUUCCAAGUGAGCUAAAACACCUGAGGGAAGUAAAAAGGGAGUUUCACAAGAAGCUAAGGAUUUCUAACCCCAGGAACGGGAAGCACUUCAGGGAAGAACAGAGGGUGACCCUUUUUCCAGAACUCUGUGGUCAGCUAAACUGGAGACGUUGCCAACAAUUUAUAAAACAGGAGGAGCUGACAACAGAAGUCAAUGAUCAGCAACCUCUUAGGCCGAACACUGACCUACAAGCAGUCCCUGACCAAGACACUGUUCAAAAAGGGCAUCAUCUGAAAAUGGCUAAUCUCAGUUAUCUAUGAUAAUAGUGACCCAGAGGAAAACAGGGUCACCAAAUUCAGACUCUCUCAGAAAUUUUUUUUUAAUGCAGAAUUGUUUUUUUUGGUUUUACACAUGUUUUCCCAAAGUGCUAAUGCAUAACUGGAUUUAGACAUCCACAGAGGCUUGAAUAAGUACUCUGAAAAGUAUUAGGAGCAUAGGACUAUAAAGGCACACACUGAAAGGAACCGUCCACCAAUAUUACUGGGUAUCAGACAGGAAAACAAGCUCACCAACAGAUAGAAAUUCAGAGGCAAUCUCAGAUCCUAAGAGACUAACUAAAGACCAAUAUAGUAAAGGUCACAGUUUCAUAAUGCUAAUCAACUCUAGCAGUGAAGCAUCUGUGAACAUUUCCUACAUAUUAAGACACUUGUGGGGCUUCCUUGGUGGCACAGUGGUUAAGAACCCGCCUGCCAAUGCAGGGGACACAGGUUCAAGCCCUGGUCCGGUAAGAUCCCACAUGCCGCGAAGCAACUAAGCCCGUGCACCACAACUACUGAGCCCACGCGCCUAGAGCCCGUGCUCCACAACAAGCCACCGCAAUGAGAAGCCCGCGCACUGUAACUAGAGAAAGCCCGCGUGCAGCAACGAAAAC